GGAAAAUGUCAGUUCCUCAAAAUGACCAAAUUACCAACCCUCAUCUUUAUCCCGGGCUCCUGGCACCAACCCUCCUGCUAUGGCUCCGUCAUUAAACUCCUCCAGACCCAGCACAAGCUACACUGCGUCGCCAUCACCCUCCCCUCCACCACCGGCAGCCGCGAUGCAACGUUCAAAGACGACCUCGAUGCCGCGCGCGACGCCAUCGCCCACGAAACCAGCCACGGCCGCAAUGUAAUUGUCAUCGCGCACUCCUACGGCGGCAUGGUCGGCAACAGCGCCAUCAAGGGUUUCACCCAGCCCCAGCCCCCGCCCCCGGCCGGGGACACGCCGCCUUCCCCCGCCGGGUACGUGGUAGGCCUCAUUCUCAUCGCCUCCGGCUUCACCUUCACCGGCCUCUCCUUCAUGGACCCAUUCUUCGGGCACCCGCCGCCCUCCUGGCGCGCGAACCGCGAAACCGGCUACGCGGAGCUGGUCACCCCUCCCCGCGAGCUGUUUUACCAUGACCUGCCCCGGGAGGAGGCGGAGUACUGGGUCUCGCAGCUGACGCCGCAGAGUCUGAAGGCGUUAUUCGAGGGCGGGGAGUUCACGUAUGCUGGAUGGCAGGAUGUGCCGGUCUGGUAUCUGGGGACGGUGGAGGAUCGCGGGCUGCCCGUGCUGGCGCAGCGAAUGCAGGUGGAGAUGGCGAGGGAGAUCGGUGCGAAUGUGGAGCAUCGGGAGCUACACACGAGUCAUUCCCCCUUCUUGAGUCAGCCAGAGGCGACGGCGGGGAUUGUGAGGGAGGCGGUCGAGGCGUUUACGGGGAAGGCUGUCGGCGAUGCGUCUACGAGUGCGCGAGAUGGCGUGGUGGGAGUGGUGCCGAGGGCUGUGUUGUGGCGGCCAUUGACUUGGUUCCAGUUUGGGCUUCCCUUCGCCUUUGGUCGGCUUUUGGGCCGCGGGAUUCUUCUUUGGCGGUGGGGGAGGCGGUUCUGGGGGUCUUCUCGCUAGGGGGAGAUUCUUAUGGUUUUAGGGUUGGAAGGGGGGUUGCAGGGCAUCAAAGUGAGCAGGAGAUUAGAGCUUUGAAGUGACAGACUAGCAGGUACAGUACAUAUAAUCUUUCUCUCAUCACGUGUGCACGUCUUUCUCGUGCGGCCACUUCCGAAACAAGUCCCCCAGCUGGUCAAUGGGCGCCGUCAAGAGGCCGACGACCGUCUCAAAGGGCGGCUUACUCGGGGCGCCGGGAUG